AUGGACUAUGACAUCGAGGAAAUGGAAGAGUAUGAAGGAGAGGAAGACUGGGGCUAUCCCGCAGAAAAUCCAAGUUCCCUUGCCUAUCGUUGUUCAGCCGGAGUACUCCAAUCGGCUUCCGGGAACCUUGCGCCGUUGAUUUACGUGGCAUUUUUGAUCAAGUUUGGUUCAAUAUUCAGUGAGUUUAUAUUUUUUUGGGACCUUUAGUAAAUUACAAAUUCAGAAUUUUUUAAUUUUUUCAUGUGGAGUUCAAUUUUUUUGAAAUCUUUUGGAGUUGUGUUGACUGUCAUUUGUGAAAAUCAGAAGAAGUUCUAGUUCUCAAAGAAAAAACCAAGCCUCAGAAGGUUUUAAAAGAUUGGGCAGCAUGUUAGGAAGUUGAAGUGAGAAGGUUUAUGAGUACUUUUUCUGACGCAAGAGUAUUUGAAGGGACGCUUGAGUUUAAAAUUCGCCGUAGAUCCACUAUUCCUAUCAUUUUUAUUCAUAUUUUGGUACUGUCAAGAUAUGCCUCGAACCAUCAAUGUAAUCAAUUAGCUUUCUUAUAAAUAAAAAUUGUUUUCGUUCCGAGAAUAGUGCACUUUGCAUUAAAAUAAAGCGUUUUCUGUUGAAUUAGUUCUUGUUUUACAAAAAAAUGAAAAAAAAAACUCGACACAUAAAUUUUUUUCAGAUCCUCCAUACCCUCUCAAAACUUUGAAAUGGCUGUUGGCCACUGGAUAUUUAAUAUCCCAUUUCCUCACUUUCGAAAAAGAAUUAAUCUACUGUUUUACUGCAUUUUUGGUCCUUUUUUCCAUUGCGUCUGUGCCGAAAUUCCAAUACAAAGGUUAUUGUACACUACUUGCCGCCAUUUCAAUUAUAGUCUCUAUGUGAGUUUUUUCUACUUUUCAAAAAGUUUUUCAUUCAAUUUACAGGAAUCUUUACCUUCCGGCAAAUAGAUUUGUCUCAGUCAGAGGAUUAUUCAUGCUUCUGGCUAUGAAAGUGACGACAGUCGCUUUUGAAACUGAAGAUGGUUCGAAAUCAAUUUUCGAAACUUUGGCUUACGUCCUUCAACCUGCUUUGUUUUUGUUUGGUCCGUGGAUACCGCUAGAGCAGUUCAGCGCUGUGGAAAGUGAGAGGCAACCGCUGAGGGUCAGUUUUUUUUCUAUAUGACACCAAAAUUCAAAAGACUGUCAAUAUAUUUGAAGGAAAAUUUAUUUUGAAAUGUACACAAGUGUUCUUCGAGUUUCUCUCUUUGAUAUCUAACCAUACAUAAGGUUUUUGUUUUACGUAAAAUGAAAAUUUGAAAAAAAAAACUUUGAUAAGACUCUUGAUAUUGGAAGCUAUCAAAACUUCAAUUUUUACUUAUUCCAAUGUGUAAUGAAAAAAACUUAUGAGUCACCCAUUGUGAAAUUGAAACUCUGGUAUAUCAAAAAAAAAUUGUUUUUAAAAAUACUGUUUUUAUACGAAGUAAAAAUAAAAUUACUCUUUUUUUCUUUUCUUGUUCUGGAACUAGGACGUUUUUGAGGCACAUUUCAGCAAAUUUUUCUCUAAAUUUCAACAGGGACCCAAAAAACGUUCCCUUGUAGGAUUUUUAUAACGUUUUAUUGAGAAUUCGGAAAUUUAUACCGUUUCAGAAAAAUCUGGAGAAUAUACUGAAGUUUCUCGCACUACUACUUGUCUCAAUCUUCUUCCUUCUGGUGUCUUCUUGCGGCCAGACCCUUCUCCAACCUUCGCACGAAUUAUACCGCGACUACGUCACCGCCUUCGCUUUCAGAACAAGCCAUUAUUUCAUCGGCUUCUUGACUCAAGGUUUUCCUUUAUCUUUUUCUUGUUUCAAUCAUUUUUCAGCUCUGGCCGCCCUUUUCGGUUACUCGGUCGUGGUCUGUGACCCAUUCUCUGUUGAAUUUCCUCGAUCUCUGGUCGAUGUCGUUGUUGCUUGGGAUGUUCCGAUGCACACCUUUCUGAGAAAGUGUGAGUUUUCAGAGAUUUUUUUUUGAUUUUAAAAUCUUUUCCAGAUGUUUAUUUGAAUUGCCGAAAGUUUGGGCUGAUUUUUGCGAUAUUCUCAGCUUUUUGCUGUCAGUUCAGUUUUUCAUGUGAGUUUUUUUUUAUUGCUUGCUUAUUAUUGGUCUUGGUUAUAAAGAAAAAAACUUCAUAUCAUACAAUUGAUUUUUUUAACCAUUAAUGUUGAAUUCAGUGGACCAAAAGUCAGUGAAGCGUAUGUUACAAUAAAAUUAUUCAAACCUCCACUUAAAAAUUACAAUUUCUGAAUUUGACAUAACUUAUCAAAAAAAUCAAAAUGUUUUUCAGGGUCUCAACUUCCAAUUCACGGCUGUUUUACUAUCACUCGGGCUGCACUGCGUAGUGGAAAGCGGUAUUUUGAUGAAUUCAUGUAGGAAAUUCCGACUUCGUUUCAGCGUUGAGAAGUCGGCUCAGUCGCUUGUUAGAUGCUUGUGUUAAAAGUCGUCCUUGCCGAAAUUGCAGUCAUUCAAGAACGGAGGUGGUUUUCUUUGAAGAUAUUUUCCGAAAUUUAAUAACUUUUUUUUUUGUUGAAGUAAUAGUUUUAUUGCACAUUUUUUUCAACAAAUCACACAUUUUUUGAAUAGUUCAAUGAGAAAAAUCGAGUCAUCAAAACUUUCUAGGCUUUUUUUGAAAUUCAGGUUUCUUCAAAAAACAAAAAUGGAAAAAUUAAAAAACCCUUUUGAAAAAUUUUUUUCUCGCCCUGACGAGCUUUCACUGAAAAAUUUUUGACCAAGAAGUUCGAAAGUUAAUAUUUUUUUCAACUUGAGGAAAAGCCUAUUAUCAAAAAUGUAAAAAAAGUUUUUUUCCUUCUUUCAUAGAAUGUUGAGGCGCUUCUUUUGAAACGAGUAGAAAAUACAUUCAUUAAAUCUCAACAAAACGUUUUCUUCUCAGGUUUCUCGAUUCGCCUCCACAAUAAACGCCUUCUUCUCCUUCGUGACCAUCUACCACCUCAUUUACCUUGGAAUGCCGUUCACCGACGACGAAUCUGAAUACGGCUUCAGCAUGCAACAUACUUUAAAGCAUUGGUCCCGUCAUUAUUAUGCUAGUCACCUCAUAACUUUUUUAUUUGCUGCCUUUACUGCUAUCCUUGACCGGUUCGUGUAG